AUGAUUUAUUUAUUACGUCAAACAUGUCCAUUAAUCCUGCGUUCAUCAAUUAUUCGAAUAACAACAACAUCUAUGUAUAUACAUCCUCAACAAAAAUAUAUUUCAUCUAUUCCUCAACGUCCGAAAACUAUUCUUGAUAAUCUACCAAAAUCAAUACAACCUUAUAUUCGACUAAGUCGUAUGGAUAAACCUAUAGGGACAUGGUUAUUAUUUCUACCGGGUGCAUGGAGUAUUGCAUUUGCUGGUACAACAUUACAUAAUAUUGAAUUAAUAGGUUUAUUUGCUGUUGGUAGUAUUUUAAUGCGUGGUGCUGGUUGUACAAUAAAUGAUCUUUGGGAUAAAGAUUUUGAUCGACGUGUUGAAAGAACAAAAUCACGACCAAUUGCUAGCGGUGAAAUUUCAGUAAGACAAGCAUUUAUAUGGGCAACAAUACAAUUAUCAUUAAGUUUUCUAAUAUUAAUUCAAUUAAAUAUUCCAUCGAUAAUUCUUGGAGUAAUUGCAUUAGUUCCUGUUGCUAUUUAUCCUUUAAUGAAACGAUUUACUUAUUGGCCACAACUUUUUCUUGGAGUUACAUUUAAUUGGGGUGCGCUGAUGGGUUUUACAGCUGCAACAGGUAUUGUUUUUCCAUCAAUUAUAUUACCAUUAUAUUUCGCUGGUAUUGCUUGGACACUUCAUUAUGAUACAAUGUAUGCACAUCAAGAUAAAACAGAUGAUUUACUUGUUGGUGUUAAAUCUACGGCUUUACGUCUUGGAGCUGAAACAAAACUGUGGUUAAGAGCUUUUUCUAUUGGCAUGAUAUCACAUUUAAUUACAGCAGGUUUAAGUGUUGAUCAGACAUGGCCUUAUUAUUUAGGCUUAGUUGGUGUUAGUUAUCAUCUUCAUAAACAAAUUGAAACAGUUAAUUUAAAUAAAAAUACAUCGUGUUGGAAUGCGUUUGCAUCAAAUCGUCUUACUGGUUUAAUGAUACUUGCUAGUAUUUUAGCUGGAAAUCUUCUUAGAUAA